CCGCCUCCCGCCCGCCCCGGCGGCGCGGCAGCCGCUGCCCCGCCGCGCCAUGGAGCAGGGGCCGGCGGGGGGGUCCGCCGGCAGCGGCGGCGGCAGCGGGGGUCUGCUCCUGCCGCUGAGCGAGAGCGAGCAGCAGCGCUACUCCGAGCUCUUCUCGCGGUGCUGCCCGCCCCCCGAGGCGGCCGCCGGGGGCAGCAGCGUGGGCGAGCUGUUCCGGGCCUCCCAGCUGCCCCCGGACACGCUGCACCAGAUUACAGAAGUUUGUGGAGCCAAGCGCGUGGGUUAUUUUGGUCCUGCUCAAUUUUAUAUUGCUUUGAAGUUAAUCGCGGCAGCGCAGUCAGGGUUCCCAGUACGGAUUGAGAGCAUUAAGAAUGAAUUGCCUCUGCCGCGGUUUAUGGCGCUGAAAAAUGACAGUGAAGUACGUUACGGGACUACAGCAGAACUCCAUGGAGUUAAAUUUCAGGUUCCACAUGCAACUUUGGAAAAAAAUUCCUACAAAAGAACAGAAGAAGGGGACAAACAGGAACCCAAGUCUCCACCGAUGUCUCCAAUCUGCUCACCUCCUGCUUCUCCAUCUACUUACCAGAGAGUACCCUUAAGUUACGGAUAUGGUAAAUCAAGAAGUGGGCUGGAGCAGCAGCAUGGAGCUCCUUAUGAAGUCAGACACUCUGCUCACCAGCAAGAUGGACCAUCAUCAGGGAAUUAUGGAACCAAACCUGCACUCACCUGUUCAACUCUUAAUCGGUCUCUUUCAGUGGAGCGGGAGCAGCAGGACAGCAGCACCAACUACUCGGAUGACCCUUGGAGGAUAACGGAGGAGCAGCGAGACUACUACAUCAACCAGUUUAGGUCCCUGCAGCCAGACCUGAACUCCUUUAUUUCAGGUUCCGUGGCAAAGAAUUUCUUCACAAAAUCAAAGCUGCCCAUCCCAGAGCUUUCUCACAUCUGGGAGCUGAGUGACGUGGAUUGCGACGGGGCGCUGACACUCCCGGAGUUUUGUGCUGCUUUCCACCUCGUGGUUGCGAGGAAGAAUGGUUACCAGCUGCCGGAGACGCUGCCGGAGACGCUGCUGCCCGAGUACCUUCAAGCAGCUUCUUUGAAGCCCAUGCGUGACUGCACACUGUUUGAUUCUUAUUCUGAGUUGUUGCCAGGUGGUCAGCAGACUCGGGACUUCAGUCGGACAGAGAAGGCGUCAGCUGAAGAGACACCUGAUAAUUCUGCCCUGUUACAAGAUGCAAAGAAAGAUGACAAACAAGCUCUUAAAGUAAGCACUGCUCUCAAAACGAUACCAAAGGAAUUUCAGCACUUGACUGUGAAAACAGCUGCUCAGGAAUCUAAUGCACUUAAAGCCAGACCACGAUCCAGGUCUUAUUCUAGCACAUCAAUAGAAGAUGCCAUGAAAAAGGGAGAAGAACCCCCUACUCCACCUCCAAGGCCACAGAAAUCACAUUCCAGAGCUUCCUCUUUGGAUCUGAACAAAAUAUUUCAACAAAACACACAAGCUGUGAGGUCUGGCUGGCUGCCCCCACCACCGCCUGCACUGCCCCCUCGACCUUCUGUAUCUCAGACAGAGCAACCAUCUGAGGUUGAAUUACAUCCUCAGACGAAUAGACCCCCGUCGCAGGCAGAAGAAAACAGUUCAGCAAAGAAGGAGGUUGUUCUCGCUCAGCCGCCCUCCAAACCCACCCGCAGGAAGCUCCGGACGGAGGCGCAGGGCUUGGAGACCCCCGAGCUUUCUCCCACUAUAAAUGUGACUUCUUCCCUGCCAACAGUCAAGCCUCACCUCCCAGUCCAAAAACAGUCUUCCAAGCAGAAACGGGCUAUUCAGACUGCUAUACGAAAAAACAAAGAAGCCAAUGCUGUGCUCGCCAGGUUGAACAGUGAGCUCCAGCAGCAGCUGAAGGAGGUUCACAAGGAACGAAUUGCCUUGGAAACGCAGCUGGAGCAGCUACGUCCCGUCACCGUCUUGUGACUUCCCGCGCUGCCAUGCAGCGGCAAGAGCACAGCGCGCAUCCUGACAGCCUUGCAAGGAGAGGAGCGUGGCACGGCUGAGCAGGGUUUCUGCCGACGUGGUGGCGGUGGGGAGGACCGGCUUGUCGGGUCUAGUUCACCCCGCUGCGCACAUUUGCCUUUGCGGGUGAAGAAGGUACAAAAAACUAAUAUCUGACUGCUGGAUAUUUCUGAGUGGGGGGAUGCUUCGCCUUCUUUCCUCCCUCUUCCCAGCCUAAUGUGUAAAUGCAGUUUAUCACUGAAAUGAAUAACCUGAGAGUAUUUUAUUUAUGUAAAGAAUUCCUGAUUUAUAUGUGUUCUGGCAGCACCUCCUGCCCUGAUCAUUAAGAGGUACAGCAUUCCUGAAUUCUUGCGUAAAUUUAAAACUCAUCCUCUGAGAUGGUCUUCUGGAUGUUACUGAUUCCUGUAGGAUUGAAUCAUGGUAGAGUGCCUGUGGGUUUUAAUGUACUACAGGAAUAAAAGUCACUAGACGUACAGAGUCUUUAUCCGCAAUCAUGUCAGAUAAUUAUUUUCUUAGUACUGUUUAUUAUGCAAUCACAGAUGUAUUUUAAUGUUAGAGAACUUGUAUUUUAUAAGUUCAAAUCAUAUGAGAGAACAGUAAAAAAUACUAAAAUAUAAUUAUUUUGGAAAUUAAAAAAUUUUUUUGAGCUAUAAAUGUUUCCUAUCACCAGUGUUUGAUCACUUGCUUGCAACUGCCAGUGUCUCUGCAUAGUUUUAGCAUGUUGGAGAUCACUGGUUUAUAGCUUUUUUUUCCUUCUUUGUUUUUUUAACCAACAGUGUAUUCCUAACAAGAGGCUAAAAUGCAUUCGGGGCAUUUUUGUAAAAGCUGUUCUCUGUACAUUGGUAUUACUCUGCUUUGUUGUCUUAAUAGCUGCUGAUUUGUUUUAAGGAUGUGUACAAGAACUGUAUUUCCAAAAGAAGAAAGGUAGCAGAAGUGCUAUAUAUGAGGUUAUAAAAUGUGUGAUGGAAAUAAUUGCCUUCUACAACAGGCUUUUGUUAAGGUUCCUUUGCACCUCGCUGGAGAUGCUACUGAUAGGAUGAAGCUGCUAAUGCCCGUCUGUUUUCUAAAUGAAGAAGCAAAGAUUAAUUUUUAACCGGGGUCUGAUCUGGGGCCAGCUGAAUCCUGUGGGGAUUUUUCCAUGGAUGCAGUGGUCAUCGGCUUUGGUCUCAGUUCUCGCAAUGGAAGCUGGCUGACUAAUGUUGCUUUAUUUCUUAGGCCAAUACUCUUAGAUUGGGUGACUUCAGACAUAAUGAUGUCAGCCCGGCUCCCUCCAUGGAUGCGAUGUGUGCUUCACUGCAAGGGAAUGUCACCUACCUGUUAUCUGUCUUAAACAUGACGCUGCACAUGUUUCAUAUCCUGUUGUUCACUGACCUAAUUUAAGUGUAUGCAUUUGCCUUGCAGAAAUGGUGCAACAGUUUUUUACUGUUGUUGGUGUGAUGCUUUCUCCCUGUAGCUAUAGGAUGGCCCUGGGGCUGAGAGGAAGGAGAAGCAGGUUUGAAGCAGCUGGGUAGCCUCCCUUCAGGGUGUAUCAUGAAAUGGCUGCAGUGGGGUAUCGGAGGACAUCACAGUAGCCAAAAGUUUUGCUGAGAGGUAAGACAGAUAUCAACAGGAAUGCUUGAAGUGAUGAGGAAGCAGCCUACUUUUGCUGAAAGGGAUAUGGAUGUAGGACAUGGAUCCAGAAGUCUGAAGGUGAAAAUAAACAUUAGAGGAAUUGUUACUGAAAAUCUGUUUUUGUGACACAGUGGUUUCGAUUCAACUAUACAUUGCUAUGUCAACAAGCAACAACCAAUUCUCUGGAUUUGGGACUUCUUUUGUGCAACUGGUGCGUAGCUGGGGUCAGACGGUCAUUCCUGGUCAGUGACAAAAUGCGAGACCUGCAAAUUUCUGCGAAGCUGCAAAACGGCUGCUGCCCUCUUGCUAGGAGCGGUACUGUUCAGAAGUUACCAUCAUUUAUUUCAUAUGUUCACUUAUUUCAUAUGUUCAUAACACUGAGCCAUUCCUGAAAUUUUAAUGAAGUGCUCGCUCUUUGUUUGCUUUUUAGUUCUUACAUUGUCAUUUAGUUAAUAUGCCCCUGCUAUUUGAUAGGAAAUGAUCAUAUGGCAUGUUUGUUUUUUAUUUUAUGGGUGAUUUUUUAAGGAAAGCUUUUUCAAUGAUUACAAAGAAGUGUGCACAUUGCCUUUUUAAGGCAGUGGAAGACUUUACAAUGUUUGAUAGGAGCUUCCUCUAGAAUAAUCCCCCAUUUAUUUCGCUUGGGUUAUUCAUGGAAUAGAUGCUGUUCAAAGGAAGAGUGGAAAAGUCUGCUUCAUAUGUCUUUUUCAAAUGUCUCCCUUCUAACAUACAGGGGUUUUUUCAUUCACUGGAAAUUAGGAUGCUUGGUUAGCCAACAACAAAAUACUUACUCAGUUUUUACUCUACCACAGGACUUAAUAAAUUAAAAGUUUAACCAUCCCUGCAUUUUUAGAGUUAGAGUCAAAUGCCCCACUCAACUUCAAGGCCUAGAGCGUGAGUUGAUUUUUAUUCCGUUUCGUGAAAUGUCGGCUAUAAUGAUGAUACGCUACUUCACAGAAAGUAAAGCAGAAUAUUCAAGGAGAAAUGGUGGUGUGUAAUAUAUACAAUGCAGGAAGUUACUCUUCUGUAUGUCUCAGUACUUAAGCAUUCAUGAUAGCCCAUCCAAAAUGAAAAAGUGUGUCUGGUUUUUGGGAGGCUGUUAGCAUUUUGAGAGGGAGAGGAGAAGGCAUCGUGAAGCUAUAGACACUGCUUCUGGCAGUUGCUCCAUGCAGCCACGCUCAUGGCUACUAUUAACAGACCCUGGCUGAUCAAAAUUCACAUCUAAAUCCAGUAUCACAGACUUUCUCAAAAAGUAUUUUUCCUUUGGAAAAAUGUGACCACAGCAAAAUCAUUAUUUCUUCCAGAAAACUUUACUUUCUGAAACUCCGGGUGGGAGAUGCUCGUAGACCCAAGACAGACCAUCUGGUCAGCAAGGGAGACCUCACAGGCAGUUUGCUCAAUGUUCAGGGCACUUUCUUGAGCUACAGGAGAGCGAUCAGCUUUAAGCCCCUGACGUGCCUGACCCAGAGCAGCAGCUAGGAUCUGCCUGUCCCAGUUUACAGCCUGACUGAGGAUUGAGAGCAGCUUCCCACGCGUGAGGUCUCACUCUCCUCAGUUCAUGGUUUCUGUAGGUACGCAGAGCAGAACAUGCCCAGCAAGAGCGGAUAACUGCCAACAGGAGCUGCAGCACGGCUUCCUUCCAUCUGGGAGGAUGUGCUAACCAUGAGCCUGGUGCCCCUUUCUAAGUCUUCAAUUUCCUGCAGCUAUUCUGAUUUGAACAGUUAAAUAUUUUUGUCUGCAGGACAAGACUAGGCAGAGCAGAUAAGGAUCUUCCUCAGUGUGUGUGUAAGUGUGCACUCAAGUGUCUUCCUUUUGAUCAUGCAUUUCUUUAUGGAUCUGUUAAUGUUCGUAUCAUCUGAUACCUUUCUAUGAAAUACUUGUUUCAAUACACAGUAAUUCUAGUGGUGAAAAAAAGAAAAAUUCCCAGCUAAAUGUAGUGACUGGUUGCCUUUGUAGAUCAAGCCAUUUUUAUUUGAGCCUUUAAAUAUAAAUAAUGACCUGGUAAUUAAGCAAGGCAAACAGCUUCCGUUUCAGAGGCAUUCCUCUAAACAAACUGCCUAUGAACAAACAUUAAUCCUUAAUGAUCAAUGUGCUUCUCCUAGUUACUAAUUUUAUACUAGGAUACAGAGGAAACAUUACCAUCUCUUUCCAGACAGUUCUCAGCUCUCUCUUCCAGAGAGUUUUGGUGACAUAGCAAAAAUGUCAGUGCUUAGUGGAUUCAGCCCUGUUAUUGGCAAGUUGGUGAAUAUCCUUUUUAACUCAAAAGAUUAUCUCCAAGCUGUUUUUAUGUGCACAGCAAUAGUUUUGGUGCUGGGAAUUCUGUAUGCACGUUGGGGAGAGGAACUUGUUCGGCUAUCAUCCAGACAGUCCCAACUUCACACUGCUGGGGCUAACCAGCAUGGGGUGGUGACAACUUGGAUGGUAAAACGACCCCCUUUGAUGGGAUGGUUGGGACUUGGAACCCUUCACAGGAAGCAUUUAGGAUGGGCAUGAUAGGAAAUUUGCCUUUCGGUGGUGUAUAAGCUGCUUUCCUCCCAGCUGAGCUUCCAGAUCAGGAGAAAGAGAGCCUGUAGAAGUUGCUAGCCAGGGAACGAGGGGUGUCUGUUUUCCAGCACCAUCAGCCCUUUGGCCUUCAGCACACACCGUCCUUGACAAGAAAAUACACAGCAUCACGAAGCCACAUAUUGACUAAAGAGUAAAAGUAUUUUUUCAGGAAAAAAAAAAAUAUCUGAUGUAUUACCUUUGAGAAGAGAUAUGUAUUUUGAAGCUUUUUUCAGUUAUCUUCAUGAUAAUGUGCUAUGAACAUAUGCAUUAUGUUUUACUCUGUUACUGAUUUUUUGAUAUAAAGAAAUCGUAUUGCAAGCAUUAUCAUUGUUAAUCUAAAAAAAAUACCCUGAGGCUAUUAUAUAUUUGAAUUUUAACUUAUAAAGUAGAUAGCCAGAUUUAAGCAAUUUGUUUUCACAGCUGCAGACUGUCCACGUGGUGAGCUGCAAAAUGUAUGGUGUUCUAUACUAUGCCCAUCUAAUUUUGGAAAAUGUAUGUGAUAGAGAGCUGGGUGCUACAUUAAAAUAAAAGCGUCCAAUAACUUCAAA